AUGAACCAUUGGGAGUGCGAGGCAAAAGUUUUCGAGGCCGCGUUCAUGGCUCGCCGCGUCACCCCCGAAGAAGAGUGGUUCUGUGGGUGCGCAAUGGCCCAGUUCAGGACCAAGAAGCCUUUCCUGCCCAUGCUUCUCACCUGCAAGCAAAUAGUCCAGAGGUACAUGGAGUGUGUCGAAUCUAUCUACAAGUCGAUCACAUUCGUCUUCCUAGACCAAGUCACGCUAGAGCGAUUCUUCGGAACCUGUGCGAAGCCUACCCUGGCCAACAGCCCGUUCCUGCGAUAUACCCCGCGUGUAGAAAUAUCCCUCCCCGUGAGUUUCACCCAGCUGCAGGGAUGCAGCUACAACUUCGACACCAACCACGGGCACUGGCGCCCCGAGAACUUUUGUCCCCGCCCCUCGUGGACACGUCCUCAUUCCCACACGCCCACGAUAUCGACCGUCGGUGAAAAUCUGGACCCCCGUUGCGAGAUGGUGAUCACGAGCGCGCUGAGCGGGGGUGUCGGACCCGAGUUCGGAUAUCUCACCGGCGACGACAUCUUCCACCCCAAGGUACGCGUUUGGAAGCGUUAUGUCGGGGAUUUGUUCCUUGCUGGGUAUGGCAGACGGUUCCCCUCCCUCGGGGCUAUCGUGUACUCUCCCCAAAGAUACGUCGCCUAUGUGCCUUGA